AAGAUGUGUGAUGUGUCGUUAGGUCGAGCAAUCGGUCGAGUCGGGUCGGGUCGUGUACCUUUUGCACCGAAUGUUUUGCCAGUCAGGCUCUAAAAGGCCUUUCGAACAGCUGAGAUUGCCGCAUGGCGCAUUAUCAUUUAUUUAUUAUAUUACACAUUCGCUUCUCACUGUGAUUUUUUACCUUUAAUUCUGUUUUGUAUCCUUCUUUAAAAAUUUACUAAAAAUAUUCUAUCUUAUAAAAAAAAAAACUUUGAAGAAUAAUUAUAAAAAUUUUAUUACACAAAAAGAUACAAUAUCUAUCGGACGUAGAAGGAUUAAACUCGCACGAAAUUUAUAUAAAACGCGCAUUGUGUGGAUUUUUGUUUAAAUAUUUCUUUUGUUUUUUUGAAAAUUAAUUAAAUUUUUUAAAUAAAAAAUAAAUCCUCGAUCGUGGAAAAAUAAAGUUAUCAAGUGCAGUGACGAGAUAAAAAAAUCAUGAAGUUUCGGUGAUCACAAAAUAAUAGAGAAUCUAUAUACAAAAAGCGAUUAAAAAAAAAAAAUAAAAAGAUAAAGUGAUCCUUGUGAAGUGAUCGUGCAAAAAAAAAAAAAACUUUUUUUGGAAUUUUUCUCAAAAAAAUUUGAAGAAAAAAAUAAUUUUGUCCAAACUCCUUACAAAGGAGUCCUACUAUAAUUUUUUCAUCUCCCUUCUGUGACAAAACCGCCAAAAUUAUUACCCACAAUUCGCUCAGUGUGUACGGGGGUGGCGUUAUGUGCGCCUCUCCGUCCACAGCAACGGGCUUCUUCAAUCCCAGGCCUCAGCCUUCGGGCGAGUUGAGCGCCCUCGAAUUGGGAUUCCCGCGCAGUAUGGCCCUAGUGGCGCCACCACCGCCGCCCAGUGCCUGGCAUGAUCCUAAUCUAAGUGGACAUUUGCACGGUACGGUGCCGAGCGUCGGUACCGGCGGCUCAACGCCAUCCGGUUCAUCGAUCAAAGAGGAUAUGUCAAAUAUGUCAGGUGGCGGUGGCAAUGGCGGCCAUCAUGGUGGAAAUAAUACCAAUAACGGUAACAAUAAUAAUAACGGUAACAAUAGUGGCAAUACAAAUAAUAAUAACGGCGGCUCAUCGGCGAAUAACGGCGGCCUGGGGCCGAUCAUCAAGGACUACAAAGACUUCAAAGACUGCCUGCCGUCAAGUGUAACGCCCAAUUCACAAGCAAACAGUAGUUCGCAGAGCAGCAAUGGCGGCGGAUCACAAAUUGAUAGUAAAAAUCAAAAUAUCGAAUGUGUGGUUUGUGGUGAUAAGAGUUCGGGCAAGCAUUAUGGACAGUUUACAUGUGAAGGCUGUAAAUCAUUUUUCAAACGUUCAGUCCGCCGAAAUCUAACAUAUUCAUGUCGGGGGAGCAGAAAUUGUCCAAUUGAUCAACAUCAUCGGAAUCAAUGUCAAUAUUGUCGAUUACGAAAGUGCCUCAAGAUGGGUAUGCGGCGAGAAGCUGUUCAACGUGGUCGCGUUCCGCCCACCCAACCCGGACUAGCUGGCAUGCAUGGUCAAUAUCAACUAGCCAAUGGCGAUCACAUGGGCGUGGCCGGUUUCAAUGGUCAUUCAUAUCUAAGUUCCUACAUUUCACUCCUGCUACGUGCCGAACCAUAUCCAACAUCACGCUAUGGCCAAUGUAUGCAACCCAACAAUAUUAUGGGCAUUGAUAAUAUUUGCGAAUUAGCUGCCCGUUUAUUAUUUUCCGCUGUCGAAUGGGCGAAAAAUAUACCAUUCUUCCCCGAUCUACAAGUGACCGAUCAAGUGGCGUUACUAAGAUUAGUGUGGUCUGAGCUGUUCGUCCUGAAUGCAUCACAGUGUUCAAUGCCAUUGCAUGUGGCACCACUGUUAGCUGCUGCUGGUUUACAUGCAUCGCCAAUGGCUGCCGAUCGUGUUGUCGCCUUCAUGGAUCACAUACGUAUCUUCCAGGAGCAAGUUGAAAAAUUGAAGGCGCUGCAUGUUGAUUCAGCAGAGUAUUCGUGUUUGAAGGCGAUUGUUUUGUUCACCACAGAUGCAUGUGGUUUAUCCGAUGUAACGCAUAUAGAAACGCUACAAGAAAAAUCACAAUGUGCUCUGGAAGAAUAUUGCCGAACACAAUAUCCAAAUCAGCCAACGAGAUUUGGUAAACUCCUGCUGAGACUACCUUCACUGAGAACCGUUUCAUCACAAGUCAUUGAACAAUUGUUUUUUGUACGUCUAGUCGGUAAAACCCCCAUUGAAACCCUCAUUCGUGAUAUGCUACUAUCUGGCAAUAGUUUCUCUUGGCCCUAUUUACCUUCGAUGUGACAUACAAUGUGGCGACAAUUGA